AUGGCCAUGUCACCAUUUAUGGAGGAUUUGCGCAUAGCCAUUCCCGUCAUAGUGGUGUCAGUUGGGUGUGGACUUUCACUCAUCGCCAUCGUCGGUGUCCUCAUUGCAUGCAAGAGAGCCGCCGGGAAGAGGGCGCAGAUUGAGCGAAAGCGAGAUGCAGAUAUGGAGGCGGCUCGGAGACAGUAUGCGAAUAUAAGUCCAGCUACUGGUAUCACCAUGAGAGACAAUGAGUCGACCUAG